CCGUGAGACGCUCGGCGGGCGCGCGGCGGCGGCACCGGGCAGGCAGCGGAGGCCAAGACACCCGGGGCGGCGACGCGCUUUGUUCCCGCGCGGGCGGCGGGCGGCGGGCGGCGGGCGGCGGGCGGCGGGCGGCGGGCGGCGGGCGGCGGGCGGCGGGCGGCGGGCGGCGGGCGGCGGGCGGCGGGCGGAGCGAGUGCGGAGCCGAGCGGGCAGGGCCCAGGCGGCCGCCCUGCGCCCCCGCCCCGCCGCGCGCCUGAACCCGGCACGACGCUGGGGGCCGCGGAUCGCCCCAACUUACGGAGGCGGGACUGAGUUCUGGGAAACCACUUGGGCCACCGGGCGGCCACAGCGCGCCGCCUCCUUCCGCAGGACCCCAGACCCGCCUGUCUGACCCUGCCAUCCAGCCUUCUCUACCAACAAGGAGAAGAAGGCUGCAGCAAUGCCCGACUCGCCAGCUGAGGUGAAGACACAGCCCCGGUCCACGCCACCCACCAUGCCACCCCCACCACCAGCCGCAUCCCAGGGGCCCAUGCGACAUCCCUCCUUCACCCCUCACACCAAUCAAGAGGAUGGGCCAGCGAUGUCCCUGCCCCCUGGCCGUUUUCACGGCUGCUUAAAAUGGUCUAUGGUCUGUCUUUUGAUGAACGGCAGCAGCCACUCGCCCACAGCCGUCCACGGCACCCCAUCCACACCCAAUGGCAUCAGCAAUGGCCCAGCCACCUCCUCUACGGCUGCUCUGACCACACAGCACCUGCCCCCAGCCUGUGGGGCUCGGCAACUCUGCAAACUCAAACGUUUCCUCACCACCCUGCAGCAGUUUGGCAACGACAUCUCCCCUGAGAUUGGAGAACGCGUGCGCACGCUGGUGCUGGGACUUGUGAACUCUACGCUGACCAUUGAGGAAUUUCACUCCAAGCUCCAGGAAGCCACCAACUUUCCCCUACGGCCAUUCGUCAUCCCCUUCCUGAAGGCCAACCUGCCCUUGUUGCAGCGUGAGCUGCUGCACUGUGCCCGCCUGGCCAAGCAGACCCCUGCCCAGUACCUGGCCCAGCAUGAGCAGCUACUGCUGGACGCCAGUGCUGCCUCCCCCCUUGAUUCCUCCGAGCUCCUGCUGGAAGUCAAUGACCAUGGCAAGAGGAGGACACCUGACAGGACCAAAGAGAAUGGGUCAGACCGUGACCCACUGCACCCCGAUCACCUCAGUAAGCGGCCAUGCACCCUGAGCCCUGCCCAGCGCUAUAGCCCCAGCAAUGGGCUGCCGCCCCCCACACCCCCCCACUACCGGCUGGAGGACAUGGCCAUGGCCCACCACUUCCGAGACUCUUACCGCCACACAGACCCUCGAGAGCUUCGGGAGCGCCAUCGGCCACUUGUUGUGCACGGGUCCCGGCAGGAAGAGGUGAUUGACCAUAGGCUCACAGAGCGCGAGUGGGCUGAGGAGUGGAAACAUCUCAACAACCUGCUGAACUGCAUCAUGGAUAUGGCUGAGAAGACUCGAAGGUCACUGACGGUGCUGCGCCGCUGUCAGGAGGCCGAUCGUGAAGAGCUCAACCAUUGGAUCCGACGCUACAGCGAUGUUGAGGACCCCAAGAAGGGUCCCAUGGCCCCCACCCGGCCUCUCAGUAGCUCUGCAGGCGUGGAGGGGUCUCAGCUAGACAUGCAGCGGGACUUCCUGCCCAGAGCGUUGUCUGCCUACAUGCCUGAGGAGAUCUGGAGGAAGGCAGCUUCCUUUGCAGAAGAGGCGGUGAAUGAGGUGAAGCGUCAGGCCAUGUCGGAGCUGCAGAAAGCUGUGUCAGAUGCUGAGCGCAAGGCCCACGAGCUCAUCAGCACAGAGCGUGCCAAGAUGGAGCGGGCCCUGGCCGAGGCCCGGAGACAGGCCUCAGAGGACGCCCUGACUGUGGUGAACCAACAGGAGGACUCCAGCGAGAGCUGCUGGAACUGCGGGCGCAAGGCCAGCGAGACAUGCAGCGGCUGCAACGCAGCACGCUACUGCGGCUCCUUCUGCCAGCACAAGGACUGGGAGAAGCACCACAACGUGUGUGGCCAGAGCCUGCAGGGCCCCACAGCCAUGCCACCCGAUGUGGCAUCCACACAGCCAGAUGCCACCACAGGCUUGGGCCCCUGCCUGCCCCCUGGCACCACCAGCCCCUGUGAAGCCAGCUCCAUAGGGCCCUCACGCCCCUGCUCCCCUGGCCCCCCUGGCCCACUGGAUGCCGUGCCCCACUGACCUCCCCCCACUACUCCCAUCUGGCCAUGGACACCACAUUCGCUGACCCUGAUUGGCCCCCAGCUGCUGGACGCUGCACUGGCCCCAGGGGCCCGACCGUUGGAGUCACUGCUGCUACUGCUUCUCUCCAAAAGAAAACACAGAACCAACGAAACUGCAUCAACGCAACUUCCUCAGCUCCUGACUAUCUCACGUGACAACCUCUUAGCCAGCAUCCUCAGAAACUUACCUUGGAGCUUUAGACAGCGGGGUGGACACCGGCCGGCACGGGAGCAGGACCGGCUCUGUCCUCCGCUUCUGUCUCUUUCUGUCUGUCUCCUGUCUCUGUCUUGCCUUUCUCUUUAUCGCUUUCAUGUGUUUUUCUCUUUGAUGGACAAAAAUUUGUUUGGUGGCUUAUAUUUUCAGUGGAGAAUUUGGGGAGUUUUGUUGGCAAAAGAGCUACUCAGAAAUGGACAAAGAAAACUGGGGAUUUUCCCCCUUCCCAAUGAAAAGAGGACAAAGAAAACUUGUUUUGUAGCCAGAGACCUGAGCCGCUGUGUCACCAAAACCAACCCAGGGGCAUGUGGCCCAUGCGGUGCAGACGGCAAAAAAUAUUUCAGUUUCCAACUCAAGCAUUUUUGUUUGUUUCAGGUUUUUUUUUUUUUCUUUUAAUGUCAAACUCUUUGGCUUUAAGUAGAAAUCCAAAAAAAAGAAAAAAGUUUUUUAAAAACGAGUAAAGGAAACAUACCUGUAAACUACCUUGCCAGCUAGCCAGCCAAGGACACCGGACACACCUCUGCUCCAAAGGAAAUCCAAAAAACAAACACAAGAAGUGAAACUCCAGACUGUUUUUGUCACUGCCAAAGCGUUCUCUUCACUGCUCUCCUCCACCGGGUUUGAUCCAACGUCUGUCUUUUCUCUUGUUUGAUCUGUUUUGGAAGUGUUGGGAUAUUAGGGUUCAGAGGGUUUUGCCCAACAAGAAGCAACUUGUUUCUUCUCGACUAGACGCGGGUUCCGGUGGGUGUGCACACGUCUUAGUGUACAUGCCUCCUGUGUGUGUGCAAGGUAGGCUUCCUCUGCCUGCCCACACAUCCUCUGUGAAUUUCUGUCACAGCUCAUUUUUCCACUUCUGAAAAAAAAAAAAAAGUGCUAACGUGUCUUUCCCAGAGAAAGAUUUUACUUCUGACGCAAAACUGUGACAAUCUUUGGGUUGAUUCCUGACUGCGUUCAGAGCAGGGGACAGUCUCUGGGCCUCUUCUCUGUGACCCCACUCCCUCCUCUACCUCUUCUCCACUCUGUGCACCCCCUAAUUUGGUCUCAGCACAAUGUGCCCAUACAUCAUGUUCCUGCACCUGCACCACUUUCUUCACACUUUUGCAGGAAAAAAAAAAACUACAAAAGCAUCACCCUGAUAUCCCCACUCAGAGACUUGACUGCUGUAUAUAGCACCCACAGUUCUGCCCAGCUACCCGUUGGGGUGUUCUUGAGAAUACCACCCAUUCUAGCCUCACUCUUACCCCCCAACUCCCCUGGAAUCUGAAGUAGGAAGUAAAGGAAUCAGGACAUUGUCACUUGUGCUUAUCGGGAGGACAGACAGUAGACAGACCAGGGACAGGCCUUGCUGCCUGCCUGCCUGUGAGAAGCUCCCAGGACCCAAGUGCAAUAUAGGGAGUGACCAGCUACUGAAAUUGGGCUCCUAGGGGCCCCGCCAAGAGGCAAGAAGUCAAUAGUGUACGUUAAUGUGAAUGUAUAUAGUCCUUGCAGAGGUCCAAAUAUUGAUAUUCAUGAUGAUAAUAAAGAAGAGAUGUUUGCCAAAUAAAAAUAAAUAAACCAUGGAAAUAUGAAAGUCCCAAAUAAA